AUGAUACUUCUCCUUGACUUCGUCGCCUUCCUAAUCUUCCUCGGCAUAUGUACAGGUGUCAAUGGCGGUGCGAUUGAGCGCCGUGCUUCUCCGGGAUGCGGCAAAACUCACAACUUUGUAGGCCAAACGCGAGAGUUUAGCUUUGAUAGUCCCAAAGGUGGCGGAACUCGCACUUAUAGAAUCCAUCUUCCGUCCAACUAUAAUCCUCGAACCGCUAAACCGCUCAUGAUUGCCUACCACGGACAUGGCAAUAAUCCUACCAAAUUUGAGACUCAAACUCGCUUCUCUGAUGAAACCAUCAACCCUGACAUGAUUGUUGUCUACCCCAAAGGCAUCGACGGAGCCUGGCAAGGUCCAACCUACGCACGACCCGGCGUGAGCGACAAAAUAUUCACCACCGACCUCGUCAGCCGUAUCAAGAACAACUACUGCGUCGAUGAAUCCCGCAUCUACGCCACUGGACAUUCUAAUGGCGGCGGGUUUGUCAAUACCCUUGCCUGUUCUCCCGAGCACGGUGGUCAAUUUGCUGCUUUUGCUCCCAUCUCCGGCGCUUUUUAUACCGAUGUAAACGGCAAUGUGAACUGUACGCCGUCUCGAUCGCCGCUCCCAAUGUUCGAAUUUCACGGUGUGGCUGAUAAGACUAUUCCGUACAAUGGGACUCCGAUUGGGAAAGGCGGGCCGCUUCCUUCAAUUCCGGACUGGGUUAAUAGAUGGGCUAAACGAAAUCAGUGUGGCGGACCACAGGAGACCGAUUUGGGCAAAGGAGUUCGCGACAUCAAGUAUAACUGUCGUGGUAUUCCUGGAGCGCUGGAACAUAUCCGGAUAGAGAACCAUGGGCAUGGGUGGCCAGGCCCUGGCUCGGCGAUUGACAUCUCACCAAGGGUUGUUAAGUUCCUGGGCAGAAAUCAUAAACCGUGA